AUGCAAGCUUCUAUUCGCCUUGGCAUGCUUCUUAUUAAAUUGUCAACAUUGUCUUGGAGUAUGUUUUCCCAUUCUGCUAAUGCUGCAUCAAUAAGCUGUGCGACAUUUCCUGCAUUGUUUCGACGAGCUCUAACCCUUCUUUUGAGCUGGUCUGGUGAACAUGCAGACCAGUCUAAAACUGUGACACCUUUCGUUUUACGACAUUCUCUAGCCACUCUGCUGGUAUGGGGAGAUGCAAUAUCGUGUAUAAAGAUAAAAUUAUCCCCAAUUGCAGUUCUCCAAAACCUAACGAUUGGUUCUAGUACUAAAUCAACAUACCGCGGACCAGUUAAAGUUUGUUGA